AGUAUAACAGAAUGGCAGAGAACAACCCCUCUCCUACCACCACCAUAAACACCACGUUCUCCGAACCUGAGGCUGACAUUGUCCUUCGUUCGUCCGACAAUGUCGACUUCAAGACUACCAAGGCGUUCCUUGCGACGGUGUCUCCCACGUUCAAUACGCUCCUUCGACCUGAACUUCAGGGUACCCCCGUUUUCAAUGCAGACAUCUUCACUCACGAGGAUCUCCCCGUGCUCUUAACUCAUACGCCUAAAAACGGUUUAGAGGCCCUGCUACGCUUCAGAGACAGCGAUAUGCUGCCUCAAGACUCACCCAGUAUCUACCACGCCGUCGAGGCAUAUGUUGCUGCGGACAAAUAUGUGGUUGACGGAGCAAGAGAAUGGGCGAAGAAACAGGUCAUGAGGUUCGCAGGCACGCAGCCUGCAUCAGUCUUCGCAUUCGCUAUGAAGUUUGGCUGGUACGAUGAGGCCAAGAUAGCAGCGGAGAAAUCGCUCUCUUUCUCCCUUCAAGCUCUUACUGUCGCCGGAGGAAGCGAAGUUCUCGAGGUGGAUAUGCGUCCAUUAUGGAGGUUUCAUGGAAACUGUCGCCACAACGUCAUCAAUCUCUUCAACAAGAUAACUUUGAUAUUCGAGAGGACCGAGUACUCGAGCGAUAGCCCUUAUCACGAAUGGCAGAAUAUAGAGUGGCAGCGAAUGAUCGACCGCCAACCUAUGUGCUGCUCAACGCGUUAUUUCGAUGAUGAGCCUCGUUCGCCUACAUAUGGAACCUGGUAUUUAAAGGAAUGGUUCUGUUUCUAUCUAGAAGCGCUCGCUCAUAUCCUCAGAGAUAAACCCGAUGCGAGACUAAUGGAAGAUGAGGCAGAGCGUGAAGUCUUCAGCACCGCUCUAAGUUGGGCGGGUCGUUGUCCCACUAGCACUUGCGCACCAGGUGCUCCUGAACAGUUGGGAUUGUUCCGGAGGAUCAUGAUAUUUGAAGUCAACAAGACUAGGGGCUAUCAUCUGGAGGCUGCGAACUUCAGACUGGAUGCUGCAUGAGUAUAUGCCCUGAAUUGUCUUUUUAUGAACUGGAUCUUUCGUGCCACGUUAUCAGGAAUCAACUAGUUAACCCUCCUCUUCAGUCAUUCUCAUUUGCUAGUGUAUCCUUCAGCAAUCACUCUCAAAUGUACCUUUCUGCGUCUAUCCUUCCUUACUUUCCUUUCACCACUACAACGUCUUCCUUUCGAUGAUUCUCCCGGGCUAGGAACAAUGAUACGCUCAUCGAUCCAAGUGCUUCCGAUUAUCUGUCGUUGGUCAACGACGGUUGACCUGCCAGCGUUCGCUUUCCUAUUGUUCCCUUUCGGUCACUUGGUAACGGUAUACCAUCAACAGCCAUGUGGUCGUAAUUAGCAUGUUGCAUUUGUACGUCAAAUCCAAGGUUGCCAAUCGUUUACAGCGGGUGUUAGUCUC